AUGUAUGCCACAACGCUCCUCCGGGCCGCCGUUCUUGGGUGUGCCACCUUCGCUCUGAUGGCACAUGCCACAGCUCCUGAGGCCUUCAACGGCAGACUCUACUCGGGUAUCGAGAUUGCUGUCCCGUCCGAGGUCCCAGUGAACGUCAGCGGAGUCGUGCCCAUCCCGAGCUUUCGCAUGGACAGGCCGUAUCCUGGCGACUGGAGCCCGGAGAGCGACCCCCAGCAGGACCGCUGGCAUCUCGUCCUCGCCGUCAAAGAGCAGCGGCCAAUCCCAGAAAACCCAGGAGGACCCUACGGUGUGGGCAUCAUCGUCGAGAUCGCGCCUCCGCUGCCGGGAUCAGAGGGCGCACUGUACAGCACCAGCAGCAACACCAACACCAACAGCAGCAACUCUACUUCUGAGCUGGUGUGGGAUGUCGACAAGAACGUGACCGACACGUGGCGGCUGUUCCUCGCGCACUUUGACAUUGACGAGCUGCGCACUGUCGAGGACCGCAACAACAUGACCGACGGCUCGUGCCCGGAGAGCGUGCUCAGCGCGGCCUGCCAGCAAGAACUGCGCCAGCAGGUCAUGGCCCGCCCAGAGAGUGCCUGGAAUGUCGGUGUGCCGGGAACCCAGGGAUACUCGCCGCUCAUCGAGAAUGCGCGCAACUGCGAAGGGUAUACCAAGGGGAAAUACUCUCAAAUCCCGCUGAACCAGAACUUCUCGCGCAAGGCGGGCUACGGAUACACUUGGUCCGGCGACGCCGAUCUCUACGACAGCCCUAAUUCUGUUAAUGGUGGGCUUGCCGCCGGUUACAAGAAGCUGGACAUUGCUGGCGGUGCCGGACUCCUUGUCUCGGUCGAGAGCUUGACCGAUGUGAACCGACCCGAGCGGGUCGAGGGAGAGUUCAUGCUGAAGUCGAAUGGCACACGGACGACGCAGGCCACGCUGUCAAAGGAUCGGACAGUAUACUUUGUGGAGAGAGAGUGGGACGGCGGCAAGGUCGUCAUCAGUCCUGUCUUAAUCAAGCAAGAGGCAUGGCUCUGGCCCCAUCAGCGGCUGCGUCUUGUUUAUGUGCAAAGAUUGUAG